AUGGACUUUCAUCCUUCGGAAGUGGUCUUUAGAAGGACCGUCUUUGGCAAUAAUGUACGGGCGAUUGUCUCGCACAACCUGAACCCUCUCCACAGCUACAAGCUGGCGCUCAACCAAUUCGCGGCCCUGACGGCCGACUAGUUCCAGUAGAGGUACUUGAACGACCCCUUCCAUUCAGAGCCUGUGUAAGUACCUCCUAAUGAAUCAAUUACCGAGCUAAAGGAUGUCAACUGGAACGCGGCUGGCUACGUGACAGGAGUCAAGAACACAGGUCAGUGUGCCUCGGGCUGGGCUUUCGGGGCGGUCGGCUCCAUGGAAUUUUUGUUUAAGUCGAAGACUGGGAGGUUGAUCAGUCUGGCCGAACAGCAGUUGGUGGAUUGCGACAGUAGUGACUAUGGCUGUAAUGGAGGCUACACGAACACGGCGCUCAACUACGCCCGGUCAGCAGGCAUCGCCUCGACCGACACCUACCCGUACACGGGGGUGAAAGGCACCUGCAGGAAGUUCACCCCAGUGCUGAAGCUGAACUCGGUGGGGCUGGCACUGAACUGCAACGACGUGUACAACACCCUGCAGCAGCGGACAGUGGCCGUGAUGGUGGACGCCCGCAACUUCCAGUUCUACAGCUCAGGAGUGUUCACGAACUGCGGGACGGACGUGAACCACGGGGCGCUGCUGGUAGGAGUGGCGAGCAGCAACUACUGGUACGUGAAGAACGAGUGGGGCGUGAGCUGGGAGUCGGGCUACAUUCGCAUCGGGAUUGGCAAUACCUGCGGGAUCUGCCAGCGGGGUGCCUACCCGCUUUGA